AUGGAGAAUUACGAAGAUCAAUUGUUGAUAUGCUUCGACAAGGAAGGGUUGAACAAUGCAGAUAAACCGAUCCAGUCGGUGAACGAGUUCGACCCUUCCAUCCCGAAGUUGCUUCCCCAUGAGCGCAUGUACAGUAUUCAAGUUGGUGAUAGAUUAUUUGCUAUUAGUGGGGCCUCAUUAUCUUCCGAUGGACCUUCCUAUUUCACCAAUUUCUUCCAAAAGAAUGAAAAUGAGGGCAAAGUCUUGUUCAUCGACAGAUCUCCUGUCGUUUUUGAGAUUAUUCAAAAGCACUUGCAAGGCUAUCAUAUCAGCAUAGACGAUCCUUCUGAGUACAUACACCUCUUUGAAGACGCUAGCUACUUUAACUUGUCCAGGCUGACAAAAGUUGUUCGUGAGAUGAAUUACUACGUGGUUAUCGGCUCACGUCCCUUCGUACUGGAGAGAGGUUUGCUGAAUGUUGAGGGCAACUCUCCAAAUUAUUUCACAUUGGCAUAUGAUACCUUACUUCAGAACCCAGCCAAGGUCAUCCACCAACGGAACUUAAUUCGUCCUCCUCCUCAGGCACCUCUUACGGUUAGCAAUAGAAGUCCACAUUUGUUUGCCAUGAUCGUGAGGUAUUUGCAAGGAGAGAGCGUUGAUUCUAUUGACGAUUCUCUGCGGCAUGAUUUAAUCAAUGAAUGCAAAUACUAUAGGUUUCAAGCGCUAGAACAAAAGCUGAUCAAACACAAUAUAAGAACGAACGUUAUCCGCUGCUGUGAAGAGAUUGUGAUUGAUUGUAAAUACAUCUCACCAAAGGGAUUGGUCAGCCAAACGGUCGAGUCAACAGUUGGAUAUUUGAUGUACCAACGGCCAUAUGUCGAUAAGUAUCCGAGGGAGUUGGUGAUGCAAAUAUCGACAGCAGAGGCCUCUUUAGUUGCUACUUUGGAUAAUCAAUCCUACGAACUAAUUUUAGCCCCAUCCCUAGCCGUGAGAUUAGACAAGUUAUUUGGCAAGUUCACUUCAGCACCAUUAAUCUAUGGACAAUUGCAAAAUUACGAGGAUCUGGCAAAAGAUUCGGGAAAGCUGACAAUGUUGACACGAAUUGAUAAUGAUGUUCCUGCGAGAAUAAAUAAUUUUGAGAGAGACAGGCACUGGAUGUCAGAAGCACUCCACACACAAAAUCUGCAAAAUGACGAGGAAAUGUCCACAAUCAAUUUAACUAGAAGUCUAUGGAAAGUGGGCGUUCACAAUCAGCAACUUUGGAUGGAGGCGAUCAAGAUUGAGGGUAUAACGAGCGCAUAUGGAUGGAACUCAUCGACUUCAUUUCUAUAG